AUGUACAAUACUUUCUCGCGUCAGCAUUUUGGUAGAGAAAUUGUUCAUCAUGUCCCUUUCUGGUCUGGUAAUAUAGCCGAUAUUGAGGAAACAUGGGGUGUUGAUGGUGAACCUGCUCCAUUAGAAACGUACAAUACCAUAGUAGUUAUGCUCGGCUUUGAAAAUGUCAAUAAAACAGUAUGGCUUAUGAAUGAAGACGACCUCGAUCGUUUUCUGUGA